AAUGAUAAUAAAAGAAAACAAAAGCCAACCAAAGACUUAUUUGGGAUUUCUACCCUAAGAUUAUUUUAAUAAAAAUAGUGUAAAAAUAUUAAAAACAAGAUUUGCAAAUCAAUUAAUUGCAUUAUCAUAUAUGGGUUGUUAAUAACUUGAGAUAAGGAUAUUCAUUGAUUGAUAAUUACGUAUCUACAAUAGUAAAUUAUUGAAAUAUAACUAGAAAUCAAUUAAUGAUUAAUUCUAUGAUGCUUAAAAGAUAUUUUAAUCAGUGAAUUA